GAGAUACAUCCCAUAUGUAUCCGUGGUCGAGUGGAUGCUGGUCCAACUCCUUGCGACAUGAGAGUAUUUUUUGCCUUUCUCACGGAGCAUUAUGUGGGAGUCAAGCUGCAGAAUAUCUCAUUGCAGCGUCUGCCUGGUAUACGAAUUAUUCCUGUGGCUCAACCCCCGCUGUUGUCACCUACUGGUAAUCGUGUUAACGGACAGCCAUCCCACACCGGCAUUCAUGGCAGUAAUUUCAUGCCUCUCGCCCAGUUUGGUAGCAUUGAUACCUUGGUGAUUGACGUGAAUUGCAGUAUACAUCUCACAGACGAAGAUCUGGCAUCCUUGGCGGCUGCAUGGCCUCACCUCCGGGCCUUGAGUAUCAACAAAAUGCACGGUUGGGUCGUCAAAUCUGACAUCACCCAAAUUGGCUUGCUUGAGUUGCUUCAACGUUGCCCCAAACUCCAGACUCUUUGCAUUGCAAUCGAUACCGACACAUUUACAGAGGUGCCCUUGGAUCGCCCAGGAGGUGGAGUCCAAAAUAUGAAUAUCCGGACACUUGCUUUUGCCGACUCGGUUAUCCAACUUCACGCAACUACCGUAGUCGCUGCAUUCCUGUCCGAUAUAUUCCCCAGGCUCAAUGAGGUUACUGCUUGGAAGUCGGAUCGAAUGCGUACCCGACGGGACGUGGACCCGAUAGUGCACGCCACUCGUUGGGAAGGCGUUUCUCAGGAAAUCAGGGGAAUGAUCAGAAUUCGACAACAGGAAAGGAGGUGGCGCCGCAACGAAUAAACCAGAUGUCGACUUUCCCAGUUCGAUGUUCAUGAUUUCUAGGGAACGGUUGGCUACCAGGUCUUACUUAUUCGAAGUACAGUGCAGGAGCUCUGAUCUAUCGCUCGGUAUGUAUGAGGGUGGAAGUAUGGUGGUUCCCAGGAAGGAAUAAACAAUCAUUGAAGGCUGGGUCGAUUAACUACUCACUCAAUAUUUGACCUAAUCUCGGAGUGAUCGGGUGGUCUUCAAAAAAUUUGUAUCAUAAUCGAUCACGGAAUGAUGAUGAUGAUGAUGAUGAUCUCUC